AUGGCCCAGACGGAGGAACAGAUCAAGCAACCUCUGCCCGAGAUCAAAUUGACACCGGCUGAGAACGCUCUCAAGACUCUUCUGCUUGAUGUGAAGGACUACAUUCGUCAAGAAAAAGAGCGGGAAGGUGGUGGAAGAGCAGAUGAGGAGCCAGAACUGGAACUGCGAUUUACCGGUGGUUGGGUACGAGACAAGCUGCUGGGGAUAAACAGCCAUGACAUCGACGUCGCAAUCAGCACGAUGACGGGCUACCAGUUUGGAAAUGCUCUGAAGAAUUAUCUCGACAUCCCGGGGAAUCUGGAGAAAUACAAGCAAGACAGUCAGAACCGCGAGCUGAAGGACGCGAUCGUUCGCCUGCACAAGAUCGAAGCGAAUCCAGAGAAGUCCAAGCACCUGGAGACGGUGACCACAAAAAUUUUCGGGAUGGACAUUGACUUGGUGAACUUGCGGAAGGAGACCUACACUGAGGAUAGCCGUACUCCUCAAAUGGAGUUUGGGACAGCGGUUGAGGAUGCGCUGCGCCGCGAUGCGACCGUAAACGCGCUGUUCUAUAACCUGAACUACUCCAAGCUCGAGGAUCUGACCGGAAAGGGCCUCGACGAUAUGAAAAAUAAGAUUAUUAGAACACCGCUAGAGCCCUAUCAGACGUUCAAAGACGAUCCGCUCCGGGUUCUACGGUUGAUCAGAUUUGCCAGUCGGCUAGGGUAUCGCAUUGACGAGGACGCUCAAAGGGCAAUGCAGAAUGAGGACAUCAAGCAAGCCCUCAGACUCAAAAUAAGCAAAGAGCGGGUCGGCAUUGAAGUGGAAAAGAUGCUUCGAGGACCUGAUCCCCGGAUAGCUUUGGAUUACAUCGACAAGCUUAGCUUGUACUCGACCAUAUUUGCAAAUCACCGCGACAAAGUCGAAGUCGACACUUCCUCGUGGUCACUUGCUUACAACGCUCUCGAAAGAAUAUUAAAGAUUCCUGACGAUGACGAUGAAAUUGCAUCAGCCACUCGUCGCGUCCGUGAUAUUCUUGUACGGGAUGCAACGGAAAGAUACUAUGCUUGGCUUGUCGCUACAUUCUUGCCAUGGGCCCCUGUGCCCGCACAUGAACAGCCAAAGCCGGGGAAGAAGCCCCCUCCGCCACGUGUAGCUGAAGUUGCCAGAGACAGCCUGCGAUCAGACAACAAGACUGUGAACGUUCUAAGCGAUGCUGCCACUCAUUACCGUGCGGUCAGCGACCUUAAAGCGUCGUUCAUAGCGGACAGCAUUCCCGGAAGCGGUCCGGAGAUAAGGCAACACGUCGGUUUGAGCAUACGGUCGUGGAAGAAAGACUGGAGGAUGUGCGUCCUUAUGGGCAUUCUCGAUGAAAUUGCGGGCGGAGCAGAGUUCCAGAGAGUGUCCGCUGACUUGGCUCUAGUCGUUCAAAAGGAGGAUCUUCUCCAAGUAGACGCAUUACGGCCAAUUGUAAAUGGCGAGGAGAUAAAGAAAGCCCUGGGUGUAUCUACAGGACCUUGGAUGGCUACAGCCAUGGAGAUGCAACCUCAAAGCAGUGCUGGUAUUUGCUUGGAGCCCGGUGCUUCAAAUCAGAAUUAUCCUCGUACUGAGUGCCUUUUCUUGAUGGAUACUCUGCGCGCUGCGGCACGUGAGUUCCUCCAAAAAGAGGAUCGAGACAGCACCACGGAUUUCAGUGCCAGCGCCACCAUCACGCCUGGCGCGCUGGACAAGCUUUGGAGGGACAUCUUAUCGCAUGAUUCCGGCAGCGACUCAGAGAUAUAUGAGAAUCUCCUGGUCGCGAAGAGUGUCCUACAAGCGUGGGGCAACCAGGAGCUCUCCAACGAUGAUACAGAGGCUGUGAACGCCCUCUAUUCUUGGCUUGCUAAGAUUUCACUGCCGUCUUCAGAGUUUGCAGAAGCGCUAGAGGGCGCCUAUUCAGCCGACAAAGAGAAAAAGACUCCGUUAUCAGAAAGCCUCAAGGAGAGGCGCUCAAGGUUUUCCUUGAGUGUGUCAUGUCUCAGGAUCCUCAACGGCAUCCUGCCCAUUCUCAAAGCAGAAGAUGCAGUGGACAUCAUCACCGCCCUUGCCAGCUUCACAUCGGAGCGCGAUCCCUGGACGACGAGCAGCAGUCGCCAAGAUGCGU